UUUAAUCAAUUUUUUUACAAUGCCUAUAUUUUGCACUCCUUUCGUGUCUGUGUAGUAUUUAACGUUCCGACCACCCGUGCCCCCUACUGGACAUCUGUAAAAAAAAGAGCUUAAUAGAUCUUCGGAUUCCUCCUUUCAGUCUAAGUACGCAUUGUGCGAGCGAGCAGGUUCUUCUGCCCACCGCCCUGUGUCUACCUGCACGGGCCUGGCUGGAGGAGACACCAGGGGCCCGAUGGGGGGCCCGUGGCUGUGGUGGCCUGCAUGGGGAUCCUGCAGGAGGGGGGGGCAGCUGCGGGGCCGCGAUGCGAGGAGGCGCAGAGAAUCCCGCUGCAGCAGCAGCAACAGCACGCGGGGAUGAGUUUCGGCUGUGCCAAGACCCUGUUCGUGUCGGACCAGGACAAGAGAAAGCACUUCCGUCUGGAGCUCACGCUGGGGUUGGUGGACGGGCAGGAGAUCGGUUCCUUCCUCAGCCGAACCAUCAAAGUUAUCUCCAAGCCAUCGAAGAAGAAGCAAUCGAUCAAGAACGCCGAGCUCUGUAUCCCGUCAGGGUCACGCGUGGCACUGUUCAACCGCCUACGCUCGCAGACUGUGAGCACGCGCUACCUGCACACACAGGGGGGCGGCUUCGUCGCCAGCGGGCAGCAGUGGGGCGCCUUCACUCUGCACCUGGCAGUGGAGGACUCGAGGCCUAUGCAAGGAGGCUUCUCGCUGCGUGAUGGCUUCGUACGCUACGGGGCGAGUGUGCGGCUCGUGUGCCCAGAGAGCGGCCUGGCACUGCCCACCAUGGUGAUUCGGAAGGUGGAGAAGCAGAGCGCCCUGCUGGCCGUGGACGAGCCGGUGUCCCAGCUGCACAAGUGCGCGCUGCUGGUGAAGGGCAGCGCCAGUGCCUACCUGUGCCUCUCCAACGACCGCAUCGUCCUCUACCGAGCCUCUCCGUGCGCCCGCGACCCGGCACGGGAGCUGCUGGGCGACGGAGCCUGCUGGACCAUCAUCGGCACGGAGCGCGUGGAGCACAACUUCUUGCAGCCCGCCGGGGCGGCGGGGCCGGGGGGGGGUGGCCCCCUACCCCCGCAGCUGGGGCCAGUCACCCCCAUCCCGAGCAUCACUGGCUUGGAGCUGCAUGGCGGGGGUGACGUGGCUACGCUGGAGCUGACCGGGGAGCACCUGGAGCCCGGUCUCAAGGUGUGGUUCGGCGCGGUGGAGGCUGAAACGCUCUAUAGGCCGCCGCGGGGCCUCCUGUGCGCGGUCCCCGACGUGUCGGCCCACGGCGGCGAGUGGCGCUGGGCCCUCCAGCCCACGCGGGUCCCCCUCACGCUGGCGCGCCCCGACGGCCUCCUGUACCCAACAGCCUACAGCUUCUGCUACACACCGGAGCCCGCGUGGGCCCUGCCGGCGGCUUCUUCAUUCGACUGCGGCUCUCCGCCCACGGCGGAGCCCGCCCUGGGCCACGCGUCGACGUUGCCACCAUCUUUGUCCUCCUCGUUUUCGUCAUUGUUCGCCUCCUCCGGUGGGCUGGGGGUCGUGGAGGCAGCAGCAGCAUCAGGAGGAGGAGGAGAUACGAUCCUGAGCUCCAUUCACCAAGAGUUCACGAGAUGCGGACUUCAUCUGCUCGCUCAGAGCUAGAAGAUGCAGACCUCAUCUGCUCGCUCAGAGCUAGACGAUGCAGACCUCAUCUGCUCGCUCAGAGCUAGAAGAUGCAGACCUCAUCUGCUCGCUCAGAGCUAGAAGAUGCAGACCUCAUCUGCUCGCUCAGAGCUAGAAGAUGCAGACCUCAUCUGCUCGCUCAGAGCCAGAAGAAGCAAAUUUCAUCUGCUCGCUCAGAGCUAGAAGAUGCAGACUUCAUCUGCUCGCUCAGAGCUAAAAGAUGUAGACUUCAUCUGCUCGCUCAGAGCAAGACGAUGCAGACCUCAUCUGCUCGCUCAGAGCUAGAAGAUGCAGACCUCAACUGCUCGCUCAGAGCUAGAAGAUGCAGACCUCAUCUGCUCGCUCAGAGCUAGAAGAAGCAAACUUCAUCUGCUCGCUCAGAGCUAGAAGAUGCAGACUUCAUCUGCUCGCUCAGAGCUAAAAGAUGUAGACUUCAUCUGCUCGCUCAGAGCUAGACGAUGCAGACCUCAUCUGCUCGCUCAGAGCUAGAAGAUGCAGACCUCAACUGCUCGCUCAGAGCUAGAAGAUGCAGACCUCAUCUGCUCGCUCAGAGCUAGAAGAAGCAAACUUCAUCUGCUCGCUCAGAGCUAGAAGAUGCGGACUUCAUUUGGAACCCCCUCCCUCUCUCUCCCCCUGUAUCUGCCUUCUUCCUCCCCCACCCCCCCCCAUUGUCUGCUCCUACAUUAGCGCUGGCUGACUGGCUGCCCCGCCCUUGCUGUUUGCGCUGCACAAACUCACCUCCUCCCAACUCUCCCAUUGUUUUGCUCCUGCAUUAGCGUGUUGCUUGCUUGUCCACCACCCACUCACUUUAGAACCCUUAUAAGCAGUUACAUUUGGAGGCUUAAGCCCUCUUUUCUCUCUGCCUGAUGAAGACCACUUUCGUUGCGAUCGAAACGUCAUGGGUUUUUUGCUUUUAUUUUUUCAACUUAUUAA